AUGGAUAUUAAGGAUAAUCAAUUGCAAAUCCAUUACCGUGUCCUUAGUGACAUUCACAAUCAAUUCCUUGGAGGUAGAGUCGUUGGCGCCCUGAGUGAUCUGAGAAGGCAUGCCGCCGGCGAAUGCUGCGUUACCGUCGAACUCGCUCGUGUUCAUUGUGGAAGAUUGUUUGAUUUGAUCUUUCUUUUCAAGGAUCAAGAACCAAAAAAGAAAGCAUGGGAAAUUAAGCUCACAACAAGCUUAAAAACGGUCGCAAGCCUUGGGUUGUCCGAUGAGAAAAAGCUUAUUAUGAAAAAAUCUAUUUUUUCCAAAUUUUUACAGGUGAAAAGUCGUAGAGAGAGUUCUGCAACUCUCAUAUCAGGGUUAUGCAAUCUAUAUAACCCUGAAAGUAAAAAAUUUGUUAUGAACAAUAAUGCCUCACUCUUUUUCUGCAUAAGAGAGGUAGUUGAUGUCCUAGGUAUAGAAAAUACCGGGACCGAUUACUUUUUUCCUACAGAAAAGUCAAGACAUGACAAAUUUCUGCAAGAAGUUAGAGAAAUUGCUAAUUUGGAUGGUAAACAAUUAACAACAGCAAAUCUCAAAUCAAAAUUGAAAGACAUGCCUGUUGAUGAUGAUGAAAGUAGGCUGUGUUUUAGAAAACUUAUAUCUUUUUUUAUAGUUGAUCAAUUCUUAGUAUGCUCGGGCGACCCCAAGAAGCCCGCUGGUAAGUCUUGGGGGCCAGUUCAAGAUAUAGAUGCGUUUGAUAAAAUCAAUUGGGCAAAAAUUGUCUUUGAACAUACUUGUGAUUCUAUAACACAUCUGAAAAAUUUAAUGUGUAGUCAACCGAAUAAGCAACAUUAUUUUCGAGGGUUUGCUCCUAUUUUGGAGACAAUUGUGUAUGAAAAAAUCCCGUCAAUACGGCCACAAAUACUGGAAAAGUUUUCUGAUUUGCUCAUCGAGAAGUAUACAAUGUUUCAUCUCAUACUUCUAAAUCUUCUCCUACAUAUUCCUGACCCUGCUUACCUUGAUGAUUUGUUUCACUAUGAUUCCUCAUCUCACCCUGCUAUAUAUAAUCUACCUCCCAGUCAAUUAACUCUUCACCCCCAUCUCCUUCACCCUCUAGCUCUACUCAUUUCCAUAACCUCUCAUAACUCAUCACAAAAUCCAGUUAACUUACCUAUUUCAACUCCACCACCCAGUCAUGAUUCCACUUCUCCUUCACUUCCACCACAUUCAGCACCACUUACAAAAGAUCCAUUAGACGAACUACAAUGCUUGGAUAUCUUCAAGAUUACCACUGCAAUCUCCUCACACCUAUAA